AAUUAAUUUAAUGUAUUUAAUACAUUUUGCAAAAUUAAAAAAUAUUUUUAAUUCAGAUAAUAAAAGGUAGAAGAAUUAAAGCUAUUUAAAAUCUCACUUAUGUUGGAAAAUAAAAUAAACAAAGUAUCAAUAAUAAUAUGGUGGUUCCAAUUUCUAAGACUAUACGUUAAUCUUGACUGCUCAACUUCAAACAUUCUAGUCGAUUCGGAAGAUCAGGGGUUUAGAACAUGGACAUAUGAUUUAAAAAUGCCUAAUAUUAUACCUGAGGAAGAUAAUUUAUAUUUAUGUUAUGGUGACCAAAUUGACCUUUCAAAAUCGUUUUAUAUAAUAAAAUUUGGACCUUUAGAUCAAAAUCAUAAUGCUCAUCAUAUAUUAUUAUAUGGGUGUGAAGAACCGGGGAAAAAUUUCGAAAAUCCAAAUGAUGUUUGGUCUUGUGGGGAAAUGGCAAAGUCUGCGAAUUAUAGUAAUUACCCAAAAUUUCGAAUCUGUAAAUCCAAACUCAUUAUAUUAUAUGCAUGGGCUCAUAAUGCGACGGCAUUAGAGUUGCCUUCCGGAACUGGAUUUAAGAUUGGCCAAGGAACUUCCAUUCAAUUUUUAGUCAUGCAAAUCCAUUAUCUCCACAAAAAUCCGAACAAAGAUAAUUCCGGAAUUCAACUAACCAUGACCAAUCAAAUAUUACCAAGACAAGCUGGAGUUCUUCUUUUAAUGACAGGUGGAUCGAUACUUGCAAAAUCUAUAGAGUCAAUGGAAGUGGCUUGUAAAAUAGAAGAGAGUGUCAAAUUGCAUCCCUUUGCCUACCGCGUUCAUACUCAUAAGCUAGGUAAAAUGGUGUCAGGCUACGUUAUCAAAAACGGAAAUGGCUGGAUAAGAUUAGGUGAAAAGUCCCCUCAAUUAGAACAAAUGUUUUACCCUGUGGAAAAUAACGUAACUAUCGAAAAGAAUGACAUUGUGGCAGCCAAAUGUAUUAUGAAUAAUACCAGAUCGGAAGAAAUUUUUAUCGGACCAACUGACCAGGAUGAAAUGUGCAAUUUUUACUUGAUGUACUACUACGAUGUCGUCACUAAGGACAUGAAAUUAAAGAUGUUUGAUGGCGCAAAACAAGCAGAACUACGAAUUUCAGAAAAACAAUGCUACAGUCCUGGACCUCCUUAUUGGUAUUGGAAAUCGUCAGCUGUGCUAAUUCAAGCUAGUAAAAAUUUGCAAAAAAUGCAGUUUAAACAGGAAUAUCCUUACUCUAAUAGUUAUGAUGGAAAUUCAAAAGAUGACACAAUCGACUACAUAGUGGAUAAUUCAGUCUUACGUGAUAUGGAUGGAAGAGAUGAAAGGAGGGAAGAUGAUUACGAAGACAAGAAGGUUUCAGAAUUUGGACCCUCCCAGACCAUAAAAUGCAGAUAAUAUACUAUUGAAUUUCAUCAAUUUUUCUAUAAUUAUUGUAUAUCAAAAAUAUAGUUAGUAUUAUGAAAUUCUGUAGUGGUUAUAAUACUGAUAUAUUUUUUCAUAUUUU